AUCAACCUAUAAUUAAAAACCUCAUCAACAAAGCAUUUUCUUUUCUCAAUAAAAUCAUGCUUUUUAAAGCUCACCCGUAUAAUUCCCACUCAUUAUCUUUGUUGCUUAAAGCUCUCUCCCUUAUCCCCUCUCCCUUUCUCUGCCUCUCUCUCUCCUAAACCCCAUCAAUUUCAAAUCAAAUUCCUUCCCUUGCACAAAACAAAUAACUCUACUCUCUCUCACACACACACACCCUCCUCUAAAACAAAGAGACCCACCACACAGAUUAAACUAUACAAACUCACUGAUCACAACCUCUCAUACAAAAAAAAAAAAAAAAUCAUACACAAACAGAAGGAACUCAUUCAUACACCCACUCACUCACUCAAGCACCAAACUUUACUUCCUCUCCAUGCGAUCAUGGAGGGAGGCGACGAUCUCCACCAACAUCACCACCACCGUCAGAACUUCCCAUUCCAGCUUCUCGAGAAGAAAGAAGAGCAAGAAGCCGCAUCAUGUUCCACCUCCUCCCCCUACCCUUCCCUAGCAAUCUCCGCGGAACCAACCACAUCGAAUUCCACUCGAUCCGCCGCCGCGGCCGCAGCGGCGGAAAACAAAAAACCACCGCCGAAACGCACCUCGACGAAGGACCGGCACACGAAGGUCGACGGGCGCGGCCGGCGCAUCCGAAUGCCCGCCCUCUGCGCCGCCCGCGUCUUCCAGCUGACGCGCGAGCUAGGGCACAAAUCCGACGGCGAAACCAUCGAGUGGCUCCUCCCGCAGGCGGGGCCCGCCGUGAUCGCGGCCACGGGCACCGGCACCAUCCCCGCGAACUUCACCUCGCUCAACAUCUCCCUCCGAAGCUCAGGGUCCUCCAUGUCCGUCCCCUCCCAGCUCCGAUCCUCGUACUUCAACCCUAACUUCUCCCUCCAACAACGUAGGAGCUUGUUCCCCGGCAUAACCCUAUCCGAAAACCACACAAACACCAACACCAACACCAACACCAACACCAGCUCCACGCUUCUCAAUUUCCAAUCCAACAACCUCAACGCCAUGCUCCAAGCCAAGGCCGAAGCCCCCUCUUCCUCCACGCUGGACUUGUCGGAGACUAGUCCAGACGAUACAUCCCUAGGCAGCAGAAAACGAAGACCCUCGGAGCAACAUGACUUGUCCUCAACGCACCAAAUGGGGAGUUAUCUCCUGCAGUCCAGUGCAGGCGCCGUUCCAUCCACCCACGCCGCCAAUAUUUGGAUGGUGGCCAAUUCCAACAACAGCGCGCAAGUCAUGAGCGGCGAUCCCAUAUGGACGUUCCCACCGGUUAACAACACCGCCUUGUACCGCGGCACCGUUUCCAGCGGCUUGCAUUUCAUGAACUUCCCCACUCCCAUGGCGCUCUUGCCCAGUCAGCAACUAGGGUCUUCCGCGAUUGGUGCUCUCGGAGGAGGUAGUAAUAGUAAUAAUAUGAAUGAAGGGCAUUUGAGUAUGCUUGCGGGGCUUAGCCCUUAUCGUCCUGUUAUUGGCGUUUCCGAGUCUCAGGCCAGUGCCUCGCAAUCGCACCGUGGAGGCGCCGCCGAUGAUCGCCAUGAUAAUACCACCACCCACCACUCCUAGAGGACCGUCAAUUCUUCUUCUUCUUCUUCUUACUUGGUCCCUAGUUUGAUUGAUCACGUGAGGUUUGCUUGAUCUUCGGAUUAAUUCAGUUUUAUUUAUUCCCAAAAAUUAAUUUUUUUUGGUGUGAUUAAGAUUUUGGAGGGAGGGAGGAGGAGGAGGAGGAGGAGGCUUUUUUAGGGUUUCGCAGGUGACACUAUUUAACAAUGGGGUAUUUGGCUGCCUUUUUUUUUUUUUUUUUGGUAAAAAUGUCUUCUUUGAGUUAUUUCACUACACGAUAUCUUAUGAUCAUCAUUGUUAAUCACUUUGUGCAAUUUUCUUUUCUUUUUUUUUUGUUCUCAAUUCUCAUAGGCUUUUAAUUAAUUGGUUUGUAAUUUUAUGCUUUUUAUGUUAAAAGAGAAGAAAACGACUCACUUGCAUUCCAUGGCAUGACCUUUGCUAAGUCUCCCACCUAACAGGCAUUUGGGUUUUUUUUUUUCUUUUUCUCCAUCUCUCUUUCUGGGCCACAGCCACAGAGCUUGCUCGUGUGGUAAAAGGGAUGAAACAGUGUUACCGCAAGACUAAUGUAAAAUAUUAAAUUUACAUUGCUUUUUGAUCAUUCUGAUUCUAAAUCUCUGCCAUGAAUCUCGAGGUUUACUGCAUCAAUGAUUAAGAUUUUUGAGAGAGAUGGGGGUAAUAGGACGGUGGGGUCAAAACCUUAUCGGUUCCAGGUGUUGGCUCAGGUGGUGGGGUCCGGCUGCUGGUUAUUGCCCAAACCAAUGUACAAUGUCACUGACAAACAGGUGGAUCAUUCUCCAUCUUCUGUUUUCUUUUUUAAUUUUCUUUUAGCCCUUUUAAUGGAGCAGUUGCUGGCAUCACAGAAAGAUCCAUCGUGACUCUUAAUGACCCUACUGGGAUAUGCCCCACCAUUCCAUCAAUCAGGACCCUUCAUUUGAUGGGCCAUCCCAGUAUUCAAUGCAUGAUUGGGUCUCUCUCCUCGCCAAAGGGAAAACGUGGAAUCUCAACUUUCAUGCCCCUUCCUCCUUAAUUACUGUCUCCCUUCAAAACAUUUUCAAUUCAAGACUUCCUCCUCUCUAGCUUUGGCGCUGGAAACGGACAAGUGUAUUUUUACUUCACUUGUUUAAUUAUUGUGUCCUUGCUGUUCUACCAUUUUUAGAUGGAACUGCUUCCUGUUCGAGCUUGCGCAUGCAGUAAUUUUUAUUUUUUUUUCAGAUGAACUUCAAUCGGUAGUCCAAGUAUGUUAUAAUUGAGAGUGUCUUUUUCA